AUGACCGACGACCAGGAUCUGCAUUUAAACUCGUUGGACUAUAUGCCCAACGUGCAACGGCUCAUAGCAGACGAGGGCACUGUCUUUGAAAAGCAUUUCUGUACUAUUGCCGUCUGCUGCCCGUCACGCGUGAGCCUAAUGACAGGCAAAUUGGCGCACAACACCAAUGUAACCGAUGUGAUGCCCCCAUACGGAGGAUAUCCCAAAUUUGUCCAGGAGGGCCACAACGAAAACUACCUCCCAGUAUGGCUGCAGCAGGCAGGGUACAACACCUAUUAUACCGGCAAAUUCCUCAAUGCUCAUUCCCCGACCAACUACAAUAAGCCGUUUCCUAAAGGAUGGAAUGGAACAGACUUUCUGCUAGACCCAACGACCUACAGCUACUGGAACUCGACCUUUCAGCGAAACCAGGAGCCACCGGCCAGGUCCAACGGGUACUCAACUGAUCUUAUUGCCCAGCGCGCCCUUGGAUUCAUUGAAGAAGCGAGGGGAUCCGAUCGCCCGUUCUUCAUCGGUGUAGCGCCCAUCGCCCCGCACGCAAAGACCGCCCCCGAUUACAGCGGGGAGAUUCCCUAUUUCAUUAGCCCUGACCCAGCGCAGCGACACGAGGACAAGUUUCCAACUGCCAAGGCUCCGCGCGGUGCAAAUUUCAACCCCGACAGCCCCAGCGGCGCAAGCUGGGUCCAGGAUCUGCCCAGACUCAACGCCAGCCAGCUAGAAUACAUGGACUCAUACUACCGCGCACGCUUGCAGUCCCUCCAAGCGGUCGAUGAACUCGUCGAGGGCGUGGUCUCGCAACUCGAGAAAUAUAAUAUGCUAGAGAAUACCUACAUCUUCUAUACUUCCGACAACGGAUACCACAUCGGGCAGCAUCGAAUGGUCCCCGGCAAGGGGUGCCCCUACGAAGAAGAUGUGAAUAUCCCCAUGAUUGUCCGCGGACCCCAUGUGCCUCGGGGGAAAAAGGUUGAUUUGGUCACGUCCCAUACGGAUGUCGUACCGACUCUGUUUGAUCUCGCGGGCAUUGAGCUAAGAGAGGACUUUGAUGGGCUGCCAAUGCCUUUGACACCCGGUGGGCUGGCGCAUGCCCGCAGCGAUCACCGGCGCGAACAUGUUUCUGUUGAAUACUGGGGGUCAAACUUGGGGGAAGGUGAGGUAGGGGUGGAUCUAGAUGCAGGGACCCCAGUCGUUUGGGGAAAUAACACCUACAAAGCCAUGCGUAUCAUCAGUGACAGAUAUGAUCUGUUCUACUCCGUCUGGUGCACAAACGAGCAUGAGCUCUAUGAUCACAAGACCGAUCCGUACCAAAUGAACAACCUCUUUGGCAAGCCCAAUGUAAACCUGUACGGCCACAGCCUUGACAAGGUGGUAUCCCGCCUCGACGCUCUCCUACUCGUCCUUAAAUCCUGCAAGGGCGCGGAAUGUACGCUUCCCUGGAUCACACUCCACCCAGAUAGAAAGGUCACCACACUGCUCGAAGCACUCGACCCGAAAUACGACGCGUUCUAUGCUGGCCAGCCUGAUAUCAGCUUUGCAGCUUGUGAGGCGGGGUAUCUACCCCAGUUUGAAGGGCCGCAGGAGGGGUAUGCGUACCGGCGUCCUGGGGAUUGGAGUAUCUGGGCUUGA